AUGGCGUCCAGCGCCUCCCGGUUCAUCAAGUGCGUCACGGUCGGCGACGGCGCCGUCGGCAAGACCUGCAUGCUCAUCUGCUACACCAGCAACAAGUUCCCCACUGUAAUGCCCACAACCCACAGCCUCCUCCCUCUCUCUGUCUUCGGGGUACAAAUUGUCGGGCUCUCUUGGGUUCAAGGAAACACCAGGGCUCAGGAUCCCCCCCAUUUGCAUCCUGGUCCGGACUACGUACCAACCGUGUUCGACAAUUUCAGCGCAAACGUGGUGGUGGACGGCACCACCGUGAACCUGGGCCUCUGGGACACUGCAGGGCAGGAGGAUUACAACAGAUUGCGACCGCUGAGCUACCGGGGAGCCGACGCCUUCGUGCUCGCCUUCUCGCUCGUCAGCCGCGCCAGCUAUGAGAAUAUCAUGAAGAAGUGGCUACCGGAGCUUCAGCACCAUGCACCCAGCGUGCCGAUAGUGUUGGUUGGUACAAAAUAUGAUCUCCGUGAAGACAAACAAUACUUACUUGACCAUCCUGGCGUGGUGCCUGUUACUACAGCUCAGGGGGAGGAACUCCGCAAGCACAUCGGCGCAACCUGUUACGUCGAAUGCAGCUCAAAGACACAGCAGAAUGUCAAAGCUGUGUUUGAUGCUGCCAUCAAGGUAGUGAUCAAGCCUCCAACAAAGCAGAGGGAAAGGAAGAAGAAGAAGGCACGGCAAGGAUGUGCAUCAUUGUGA